AUGGAUUCAGGUUACAACAGAACUGAGCCUCCGGAGGUGAAAAGUGUUCUUGCCAAACUACAUGAGAAUAAGAAAAUAGCCAGUGCUACUCAUAACAUAUAUGCAUACAGGAUAUACUGUGAAGACAAGCAGACUUUCUUACAGGAUUCUGAAGACGAUGGUGAGACAGCUGCAGGUGGCCGUCUUCUCCAUCUCAUGCAGAUCUUGGAUGUUCGCAAUGUCUUGGUUGUGGUGUCUCGGUGGUAUGGUGGUAUCUUGCUUGGACCAGAUCGCUUUAAGCAUAUCAACAAUUGUGCUAGGAAUAUACUGGUGGAGCAGAACUACACUAAUUUUUCGGAAAAUGUAUCUAAGCAGGCGGGGAAGAACAAAAGAACAAGGAAAGACAAGAAGAAAACUGAAUGCUAAUUCAUUUAUAAAAAUGUACUUUGACCUAUUUGGACUUGGUUAAAUAGAGCUGUUCAGUUGCUGAAAGGAACUUCUGAAUCAAAAAUAUUUCCUGUUGCUACAAAAUAUUUCCUUAUUGAGAAAGAUUUGGCAGCAGACUCAGAAAACCUUUUCAAAUUUGCUCAAGACUGAACUCUUAAGCAAAUGUGCUUUCCUGAAAAUUCUGUUAUAUUAAUUGAAGAAUCAUUAAACCAGACGUGUUGUAGAUUCCUUAUUGUCUCCUCAUCCUUAGUGGAUCUAUGAUGACAUAGGGUGGAAGUCUGUACUGGGCUUUUGGUUCCCAGUUCUCUGAUUUGUAGUGGUCUGUGCUGUUGCCAGGUGGGCAAACUAGUUCUUACAGUUAAUAUUUUUAACAACAUAUAACUUGUUACUGUUGAAAAUAGUGGAAUGUAAAAUUAGUUAACUCUGAAUUGUAUACUUUUAACUGAUUCAAAUCUGUACUUUUACAAAGAUGAAUGAAAGAAGCAGGGCGGGUCAAUACCUUCUUUUGUAUUCUGUUCAAUGUUAUCAUUUUAUUUCACCUCACCAGACCCAAAACAUCAACAGCCACUGGUAAAGACAAGAUCUGGUGCCAGGACAGUACAGGAUGGAGGAGGAGUCAUAUGCCUGAGGACAGAAUGGAAUUGAAAGCUUUCAAAAAUAUGAUUACAUUCGUUCUUCACCAUUUUAUCAAUGAACUUUUUAAAAGCUCUGAUUUUUUAAAAUAUUGUUCAGUAUCUUAGAACUCUGAGUGUGGAAGGCAUAGUUUUCCUGCAUUCUCUUCCGUUGCUGUGGCUUUUUCUGUCCCCUGGAAGGAUCAGUACUGGCAUUGCGGGUCCAGUAUGGAGGAGUAUCUGUGUGUACCGGGAACCCUGGAGUGAGGAAGGGCAAGAAGUCAAAACUGAUCUUCCUUCCUGUUCCACAAGCACAGCUCUGCUGAGGGGAGGGGACAGUUUUAUUCCCUUGUCUGUUUUUGCUCCAGUCUGUGUAUCCUUGUGGCUGUUCUCUGCAAUCCUGCACCCCAGGAAUGGUCUUUCUGGGGGCUGAGAGAAGUUGCAGCAGUGGAGAACAUGGGAAAACUGUCUGCUUUGUACACACAGAUAGCAGCACAUUGUCCAGUAUUGUCAUUUAACAAGUGGAGGGACCCACAAGGACUCAUGGGGGCAUCUUAUUCCCCUCACACUAUUCUUUCCCAUUCCUGAAAUCCCCAACAGCCUCCCCUUUUUCUGCUUCCUUCUCCCCUUCCCACCCACCAGCCUACUUACCUUUGUC